GAACUUUGGAAUACCGGACCAGUCAUCAGUCUUCAUGCACUCUAUCUUUAUAAACCAAAAUUUCAAUAAAAAUUUCAUUUUCUUAUGGUUUGGCCAACAAUGGAUGAUAGCCCCUUGCCAGUCCUGACUAUACCAACUGUUCCGUACAACGACCAGAAGCCAGGAACUAGUGGAUUAAGGAAGAAGACCUACGUUUAUGAGACCAAGACAAACUACCUGCAGAAUUUUGUUCAGAGUAUAUUUUAUUCCAUUGAUCUGAGAGAUCGGCAAGGAUCCACCGUGGUUGUUGGAGGCGAUGGCCGUUAUUUUAAUAAGACUGCUGUAGAAAUUAUAGUGCAAAUGGCAGGAGCGAAUGGGAUCGGUCGCUUGGUAAUCGGACAAAAUGGGAUCCUAUCCACCCCGGCUGUGUCCUGCAUCAUCAGGAAAAUCAAAGCCAUCGGGGGCAUCAUCCUAACAGCCAGCCACAACCCCGGUGGACCCAACGGAGACUUCGGCAUCAAAUUCAAUACUGCCAACGGAGGGCCAGCUCCCGAGGCUGUUACAGACAAGAUAUUUCAAAUCAGCAAAACUCUUGAGGAGUAUGUCAUCUGUCCCGACCUGAAAGUAGACCUGACCACCAUUGGGAAGCAGCAGUUUGACCUAGAAAACAAAUUUAAGCCAUUCACAGUUGAGAUCGUGGACUCAGUAGAGUCUUACGCAAACAUGCUGAGGAACAUCUUUGACUUUGCUGCCUUGAAAGAGCUGCUCUCAGGCCAAAAACAACUGAAGAUCCGGUUAGAUGCCAUGCAUGGAGUCAUGGGUCCUUACGUGAAGAAGAUUCUGUGCGAGGAGCUGGGGGCCCCAGCAAACUCUGCGGUGAACUGUGUACCCCUGGAGGACUUCGGGGGUCACCACCCUGACCCCAACCUGACCUACGCUGCUGAUCUAGUGGAGACCAUGAAGGGAGGAGAGUACGACUUCGGAGCUGCUUUUGAUGGGGACGGUGAUCGUAAUAUGGUUCUGGGAAAGCAUGGAUUCUUUGUGAACCCCUCUGAUUCCGUGGCUGUCAUUGCCGCUAAUAUCUUCAGUAUUCCAUACUUCCAGCAUACAGGGGUGCGAGGGUUUGCACGGAGCAUGCCAACCAGUGGUGCCUUGGAUAACGUUGCAAAAGCGACAAAAAUCUCUAUGUAUGAGACUCCAACCGGUUGGAAGUUCUUUGGGAAUUUAAUGGAUGCCAACAAACUGUCCCUGUGUGGAGAAGAAAGCUUUGGCACAGGUUCUGAUCACAUCCGCGAGAAGGAUGGCCUGUGGGCUGUGCUGGCGUGGCUCUCCAUCCUUGCCACGCGCAAGCAGAGCGUGGAGGACAUCAUGAAGGAACACUGGCAGAAGUUCGGUCGCAAUUUCUUCACCAGGUACGACUAUGAAGAAGUGGACUCUGACGCUGCCGGUAAGAUGAUGAAGGACCUGGAGGCAGUGAUUCUGGACCGGGCCUUCAUUGGGCAGAAGGUCUCAGUGGGGGACAAGACAUACACUGUGGAGAAAUCUGACGACUUUCAAUACAGCGAUCCUGUGGAUGGCAGCAUCUCUAGAAAUCAGGGUCUGAGAAUCGUUUUCUCCGAUGGCUCCCGAGUCAUCUUCCGACUCAGUGGGACCGGCAGUGCUGGAGCGACGAUCAGGCUGUACGUUGACAGCUAUGAGAAGGACCUGCAGAAAAUAUACCAGGAUCCACAGGUUAUACUGGCUCCCCUUGUCACCAUUGCCCUGAAGAUUUCGGAGCUUCAUGAAAGAACUGGUCGAUCCGGCCCCACUGUCAUCACAUAAACUCAAAGUACCCUAAACAAAGUCAAGAGAUGUAUAUGUGCAUAUUGGGGAAAAUGUGAAAAAUAACAAAAAACAAUAGAACAGAAAUGACACUAAUUCAGUUAUGACUGUAGUCUUCCACUUGUUCAUGUGGGUUUUGACCAACUUGUACCGUCAGAUUGCUUGAAAUGUUAAAGUAAAAAAAAAAAAAAAAAUUGAAUAAAAAUGUUUUUGAAAAACAA